GCGGGAUUUCAAGUUCGAGCCCUGAAAGCCGCCAUUGCUGGAUCUUCAAGCGUUAAACUAGCUGGUUCAACUCCCCACAGCCCCCAGCGAGUCGUGCGCGCUGCGGCGGUCUGCUGCCGUCCAUAAAAACACUGCUGGAGAUGCUCUUGGCACGCGCGGUGCGCGGCGUACAGGUCGCUGCCGCAGCUUCGGUCGCGUCAGUACGAGCGCACGCUGAUGAUACACCAGUCGAAGCGGCGCCGACGCGUAGAAACCACUACGACCACGUAAUCAUCGGGUGCGGCGUCGGCGGCACCGCAGCGCUCAAGGCCGUGUCGACGCGGGCACCGCCACAAACGAGUCUUUUGGUCGUCGACUCGGACCCGGCGGCCGUCGCGCGCUGCCGAGCGCUGGCAAGGUGUGCGCAGUCAAGCGUAUCAUGCCUCCGCGACCGCGUGGCAAGCCUCCACCCCGGUCAGCAGACGCUGAAGACUUCAUCGGGCGACAUUACCUACGGCCGAUGUCUGCUGGCCUCGGGCUCGCCCGCCCCGGCGCCGCCGCCGGGAUUUGUGGACGCUGGCGCGCGCGCCGCCGUGCGAGUCCUUGGGUUAGGAGAGACGCACGACGCCGCGGCCGCCGCCGAAGCGGAAGCGGUUGCGCGUGCCGGAGGCCACGUCGUCGUGCUGGGCGGCUCGCGCCGCGCCACUGCGCUCGUCGCCGACGUCUGCGCCGCGUCCCGGCCGGCGGACGCCACGGCAGACUGCGUCGCCGAGGAAGGUCCCGCGGCCACGUUGAUCUUCCCGGAAGCGACCCCUCUAGGAGCGCGACUCCCGAAAGCGCUCGGUAGACGCCUCGCGCGGCGGCUCGAGAAACGCGGCGCGUCGGUCCUGGCGCUGAAUCAGGUGCGACACAUCGGCGCGGCACAGGGCGGCGGCGCUUGGGUGUACCUCGGCCGGUCUGACGAUCCCAUGAAGACGAGCCGGAGGAGGGCCGACCUCGUCGUCGUCGCCGGCGGCGAGCACUUCGCGCCGCAGCUGCCCACGAUGGUCCGGCGCGACACGGCGGCGUCGCUCGGCGCCGUGUCCAUGUCAGCGGCGCGGCCGACGGUGCUGGGGAGCGGUCCUGUCUACGUUUCGGAAGAAUUAGCGGCGUGCCAGUCGGUGCUUUCCUGCGGCGACGCAGCGGCGACGCCCUGCCGUCUGCGCGCAUCACCCUUGGCGCGGUCGGCGGCGGCGAUCUCGCUUGCAGCGGAAGCUGGAAAUUGGCACGCUCAAGCGACGGGCGCUGCCGCUGGCGCGGCACUGGUCGACGGCGACGCGGCGGCCGCGGCCAGAAUUGUGGAUGAAGUGACGCCACGGCUCGUUGUAGAGCUCGGCGCGGGGCUGUCCGCCGCGUUCAUUGGUCGCUGCGACGCCACCCUCGAGAACCGCGCGUCGGACGCUGGCAAGGCCGCCACGGUGGCCGUCUACGUCGACCGGUCCGACGAGCUCGCCUCACCGGUCGGGGCCGUCGUCUUCGUCACGGCCGGCGCGGGCGACCUCGCAGCCGCGGCGGAGGCGGUCGACGACACGCUGAGAUUGGGGGCAUCACCUGAUGCCGUCGCCGCUGCCGCCUUCGCGGCGCUCGGCGCGGGCGAGCCAGGUCUUCGCACUGCCCGAACGACGGGCUCGCGCGCAGAUCGACUCGGGCCCCGUGUCGCGGACCGCUCAUCGUCGGUCUUGUUCUCCCGAGAUAGUGGGAGUGAAGUUGUUAAGGACCGCGCCCUGUCGGCGUUCUCGCGGGGCUGGCUGCACGGGCCCGACGCGGCGCCGACGGAAGCUAUGACCGUGCGUGCGAACGCGGAGUCAGCAAUACGCCGCCGUGCGACUGCUACUGCGCCGCGCGAACCGGCGGUGGACUGGCUGGAGCUUGCCGAUCGGCGCGCGGAGGCGGCCGCUGUGUGUAGAUAACUUACUUGCUUGUA